AUGGAUUACAUACGUUUUCAUGUUUUAGCUCUGUCAGCCCCUACACCUACAUCUGCCUUACCGUUCUUCUCAGCUGUAGCUCCCCAACCAACUUUAACAUCUGGAGGAGAUGAACUCGGAAGAUUACGUGAACGAAUCAUGAUCAAUCAGCUAAUGAAUCAACAUGCUUUCAACAAUACUUUCUCGUGGCUUAACCAACUUCCGAAGCCUAUUCCAACUACCCGUCCUCUCGAUUUGAGCCACACAAAUGAUGCGGAUGAAGAUAUGGUGAUAAACGUAGAGAAAGACAUUGAUAGUCCCAAGCCUGAUGAUGACGAUGAAAAGCUGAACAUAUCCAUAAGUGACUCGGAAGAUCCAAAAUCUGAAGGAACAAAGCGAACGGAUAGCCCCUGUGAAAAUGCUUGUACCUCGAGUACCGUUGGAUCAUCUCCUUCUCAUACAGGCUCAUUACCCUCACCUGUCAAUCACUUUAAGAAAUCUCGUACUUCGCCUAGUGCUUUCCAUCAUUUAAAUGUUGAUUCCCGAGCGUUUGUCACCGUCAGUUCACCUUCCCACGUUUCUCCAUCAGAAACUAAUUCGUCCAUAUCGCCAGAUGGUCAAAACCGACCAGCAUGCUAUGAAUGUGCUUUGUAUAAAACUAAGCUUACAAUGGCAGAUAAUAAGUGUCGGUACUUAGAAAGUCGAGCUAAUACGCUGCAGGGAGAGACCGUUCGAGCACAAACGCAGACAGCUGCAGCUGAGACAGCAAUCCGAGUAUUGGAAAAUGAGACGCGCAAUCUGCGCGAUCACACGGAAAAUAUUCAAAGAAAACUAUUAGACUGCCAGGAGCAAGCUUUACGCUUUGUGCAAUCUGAUAAAACAGGAAAUCAACAAGCAGUCGUAUUAUUUUUGAAUCAGUUAAUACAAUCGACGAUUAUCCGAUGA